AUGACGAGUGGCGAGGCUAAAGGACAAGCGAUCGAGGUCAGCAAGACCGAGAAUGGCAUCACGACCAUUACCAUCAACCGCUACCAUCGUCGCAACGCCAUCGAUGGCCCGACCGGCAGGCAGCUCACCGACGCCUUUCUCGCCUUCGAAGCCGAUGCCGCCCAAAAGGUGUGCGUCUUUCACGGGGCCAAUGGCACUUUCUGCGCAGGCUUCGACUUGCACGAGGUCGCCAGGUUCGGCUCGGCCUCGACCUCCGCCUACAGAGGUCCCAUAAUCGACGCGAGCCACGCGGUGGACGGGCGCAACAUCGGGCCCAUCGGACCGUCACGGAUGCAGAUCAAGAAGCCCGUCAUCUGCGCCGUAUCCGGUCACGCCGUCGCUGGCGGCCUCGAACUCUCGCUCCUCGGGGACAUACGCGUCGCCGAAGAGGACGCCAUCUUUGGCGUCUUCUGCAGGCGCUUCGGCGUGCCGCUCAUCGACGGCGGAACGGUCCGCCUGCAGGCCAUCGUCGGUUUGGGCCGCGCCCUCGACAUGAUUCUCACCGGGCGACCCGUGUCGGCGCAGGAGGCCUUGCAGAUGGGACUCGCGAACCGGGUAGUCCCCAAGGGUCAGGCGUUGAGGGCGGCGAUCGAGAUGGCGGAACAGCUGCUUGCCUUUCCGCAGGAGUGCAUGAACGUCGACAGGGCAAGCUGCUACUACGCAGCCUAUAACGCCUCGUCAUUCGAGGACGGAAUGAGGAAUGAGUUUGACAAUGGCGUCAAGGUCAUCACGACCGAAAGCCUCGCCGGUGCGGCGAGAUUUGCUUCCGGCGCAGGACGCCAUGGUUCAUUUUCGCAAUAG